GACCACCAGAGGGGAGAAAAAACGUCGUAGUUUACCCAGUCCCACUGGGUCCGAACCGUGCAAUGGAGAACAACUUUGCACCCAGUGGCUCACUCUCGAGCUCUACAAAGGAGCAAAUCGCCGAAAGCAUGCAGGAGAUGUUCUCUCACCUGGACCCAGAAGUUAUUGACAUCGUGCUGUCCGAGUGUGAUUUUAAAGUUGAAAUAGCAAUGGACUCUCUGCUGCAGCUGUCUGAGGCUGCUGAAGAUGCAGCUCCUCUUCCCUCUCCCAUGUCUGGCUUUGAGCGUACUGCUGCCGACCUGCUUGGUCCUCCUGAGUUUCCUGAUCCAAGACCAAACCAAGAUUCAUUCAAAUCAUUGAAACACCCUUUAUUUUCUCCUUCCUCUACCAGCCCUUUAACAGAGGAGAUGGACAUGGCAGUUGAACAGGAGCUGGAGACACUUGAAGCAAAAGCAGAUAUAAAGGGAGAAGACCACAGAAGCCAGUAUUUGUCUAUUAGUGAACCCAUCUCCUUACCGCCCUCAGCAUUUAUACAGCAAACUGAUGCUGAACCCCCUACGUCUAGUCCGAAAUCCGGAUCUACAGGGCCCUUGUCUCAGUACUCUUUUUCAGAAGCCGCCUUAGUAGAAUCUUCAUUGCCAGCCAUGCAGCAUACCACUGCAGAGAAGCACCAGACUUUGGUAGAUUUUACUCACCUUGUGACAGAGGAACCUGCAGAAAAGCCCAAACCUCCUUUGGACCUUGCAGCUUUAGGCCGUCCCUCUGCUUUUCAGGCGUACAUAAAACAGGACCCACAACCUGGCAUGCCUGGAAGAACAGAAGUUGGGCCUUCUGAUACUGUAGUUGGAGGGGCGAGAUCUAAAGCAAACACAAAUCUAGAGCCUGUUGGUAAUGUGUCUUGGAAUGUGGAGGCACCAGUCUUUUCUCCUUGUACCACUGGAAACCAUGAACCUACCUUUAUUACUCCUGUGGCUCAGACAUCCCAUAAUUGGCCACACCAUGCUAGACAAGCCUGUCCAUGGCAGCUACAGUGUCAAGCACCUCUGAAACCUUCAGCAACUAUUCCAAAGUCCUGGGCCCUGCCUCCUGCUUCACAGUAUUGUACCCCUAACAGUUAUCUGCAAUUGGAAGGAAACGUUCUCGUGCUGCUACGUGGUGCUCCAGGAUCUGGAAAGUCAACACUAGCAAGAACAUUGUUAGAGCAAAAUCCAGGUGGCAUUAUUUUGAGUACUGACAACUAUUUUAUUCACAAUGGAGAAUACCACUAUGACCCCACUGUUUUGGGAGAAGCUCACGAAUGGAAUCAUAAAAAAGCCAAGAAGGCUUUCCACAGAGGCAUUAGUCCCAUCAUCAUUGAUAACACUAACAUGCAGGGAUGGGAGAUGAAACCUUAUGUGGCUCAGGCACUAAAACAUGGAUAUAAAGUUUUGUUUAAAGAGCCGCAAACGUGGUGGAGAAACAAGCCCAAAGAACUGGAGAGACGCUCCACACACGGGGUGCAUGUGGAAAAAAUCCGACGCAUGCUCAACGGGUACGAGCGCUCUGUCACAGUCCAGUCCAUCAUGGGUUCAUGUGUGCCUGAGCACAAACAGUACCACAUUCUGGAGAACACAAGCUCACAGCUGACGUCCUCUGAAGUACCUUGUCCUGAUCUGGUGGGAAAACCAAGGCUAAUUGAGGGAACUAAUGUGUCACGCUCCCAUCUGUUUUCCUCUCUGCCAGAUGUCUCAUCUAUCAGUCAGUCUCAUGAGUUGGACGAUGGCUCCUAUAGAUCCACAGAAUCAGUACAUUUUCAGCCCACUGAACAAUCUGCAGAAAACGCAGACGUAUCUGCUAUGGAUGACUUAAAUUUGGAGCAUUUGGAUAGUGAGUUGGACGCCCGGUUACAGCUAAAUAAUUUAGUAGGAGCUCAACAAAUCCCGGACUGUAUCGUGGAGUCUGUGAUGAAUGAAGAGUCCCCGGAGAACGAACUGCCUGUUGCUUUUUCUGAAUCUAUUGCACAGCGGGUGAAGAGAGAGAGUCGAAUGAAGAGAUUUGAUCAUGAAAAGAUGGAGGCUGCAGAUCUGGUGAAGGACACUAACCAGUCAGAGAGUGAGGAGACAGAAAAAAAGGAAGCAAGUGACCUUGAGUUUGUUUGGGUUAUGGAAGAAGCUAAAAUGUUGGAGUUUGUAGGUGACUGGCCUACAGAAGGAUCUCUAAACCAGCGACAAACAAGAAGAGGAAGACAUAAAGAAAGAAAUUUUACAGAAGACAAAUCUGUGUCUCAGGAAGUAAAUACAUCGGAACCUGAUAAAACAGAGUGUCCAGAAGAGCUCGAUCUGGAUCAGACCAACUCUUCUCUGAUUUCCUCGAGGAAUGAAGAGAAUUUACCAAAAGAAGUGUCAGGAGAGGAUGGUGGGAGGAUUGACGGCUCCUAUGGCAAUGAAGACAUUGGACGAGACAUGGACGAGCAAGAUGGCAGGGACAUCUACAGCAUGGGAGAAUUACCUGACUGUGUGUUAGACUGGAAGGCUGCUGACUACUGCAGGGCUAGAAAAUCAAAAUUCAAAAUUGGAGCAGAGGACACUGAUAGAAAUAACGGGAACGUCAGAGAUACCGUUAGUUCUGAUUUUGCCCCAUCUGUCACUGCUGAGUCACUAUUUGUCUCCAGUAAUGCCGAGUUAAACAGGCACCAUGACGCAGAGAGCCACAACAGUGAAGGUGUGGUUGAUAGAAAAGUUGAUGAUGUGCCAACUGAUCCCUGCACUAUGGAUUGCAGGGAGACUGUAGCUGAGGCUGACAGCAGUCUUCUCAGUGAGGCCUCUCAGAGUCCAGUGAGUGAGGGCUCAGCGGAGGGACAAAGAGGUUCCCUCAGUGCAAACAGUCAGGAUAAAAAGCUGCGUCAGGGCCGUCGAUCAGGGAAACAGUGCAAACUCGCCCUCACCUUCACUCAAAACUAUCCUGAUGCCCAAACAAAUACCAACGAAUCCCCCAGAACCCCGAGUGACAACACAGAGAGCCAUCCAAACAGCCCAGACACCGAUGACCAACACAUCAGAAAUGUCUGCUCUAACUCCAACCUUGACCCUAAGCCCGACCUGUCCACUGAGUCCAAGUCAGAAACUGAAGUGCAGUCAUCUUCUUCUUCUUUUCCUCCUCCUCCUCCUCUUCAGGCAGAGUCAGGCUGCUUCAUUCAAACAGAGCCUCAAGACUUCGCUCUCCUAUGGCGUCUGAAUCGCCAGGACCUCCGCAAUAAUAACACUUCCACUGCUGCUUCCAGUAACUCCGGUGGCUUCACUGUUCUGUGUGGCGACUCCAGUCGAUUCGUGCCAGCGCUCUCCUCCGUGGCUUUCGCAGCAGUUGCAGUUAACCCCUUGGGCCACAGCGAUGUACUUUAUCGAGUGGUCCAUGAGAAAGGCACACAAGUCGAGGAGAGAGAUUUGGGAGGAACCCAUGACCGCCUCGAGAGCUUGUGUAUCCUCUGCCGUCACUUUAAACUAGUAAAUUAUGAUACAUUAGAGGAUUUGUAUGACAAAUGCCAUCAGGACCUAGAGUGGACCACCAACCUGCUGCUGGACUCUGGAGAGCGGGUCUUUAAAGAGGAAGACGACACAGAGGUGGAGAAACAGGAGCUGGAAAGUGGUGUUCUUCAGGAUAAACAUGACCAGAACACACCCUCUCCAUGUCGAGCUCCAGGAGGAGCAGAAACCAGCUAUCAUCCUGAGGUGAGCUGUCUGGAGACAACUGGAUCUGAGCAGGUGACUGAGCUAUCAUCUGAUGCAACACGUGAUAAGUCCAAACUAGACUGUGUGGAUUUGACAUGUGUUGAAGGUGCUGCUGCUUCAUUUAAAAGUGAGAAUACUACCAGGUCGUCACUGUGGCCUGGAGAUCUGCAAAUAAAAAUGACAGAAGGAGAGACCACUGGACACAGAGAAAUAGCAGAACCUUGUUCAGAAGCUGGGGCCUCAGGUGGAAAUGUUGUGAUAAAUGAGGACUCUGUGGCUAAAGAUGAUGCUGCUAGCAUGGAUGAGAUCCACCGACUGUCGCGGGCAGAACUGGAGGAGCUUAAUGAACAGGAAGAGAGGACCGAGAGGAGGCAGGUGGAGGAAAGAAGGAGCAUGCAUCUGGACAUUCAGAGUGUGGAGCUCAAACUACCCACUGAACUGGCCAUACAGCUUAUUGAACUGUUCGGCCCUGUGGGAUUGGACCCAGGUACAUGUGACACUGAAGACUAUAAGGUCAAUAUGGACCUGCACCUGGCCAAGCUGCUCCACCAGAAGUGGAAGGAGACAAUCCAGGAAACGCAGCGACAGACGGCACUUUUGUUCCAUUUGUUUGGAGAGAGUGACGAUGGUUACAUGACACCAGGCAGUCAACCAGAGGCCCGUGGCCGUCUGCCGUUCAUGGACCACUGGAAUGCGUCCCGCCCACAUGUCUCCCUGACAGAUAUAAUAAAAGAGGAACUGGCCUUGCAGAAGAAUGUUGAGAAGACCAGGCAAAGUCGUGUAGACCUUGAUCAGAGAAACGGCGCAACUCUGCUGAAAGAGGACAAACUCUUCUCAAUCUUUCCAAACAUAGACAGACAUUUCCUUCAGGACAUUUUCAGAGAUCACAAUUACAGCCUGGCCCAGACGGAGCUGUUUCUCCGUUCUCUACUAGAUGAAGAACCCGCCAAGAACGUUGUUGCCCCAGAGGCCCCUCAGUGUGAUCAUCACAGAGCAGCAAGCAAAGAAAGGGAAAAGAAAGCUCCAGAGUCGAUCACACCGGACUUUCAGGACGUGGAGUACCCAGAGUACGACGACUUCAGGGCUGAAGCCAAUUUGCAGAGGAGGAGACAGUUGGAGAGUUUUGCCAAAGCUGCUGAGGCCUCACAGCAGGGACGCAAACAAGUGGCCUCGUUUUACGCACAACAGGGACAUUUGCAUGGACAGCGGAUGCGUGAAGCUAAUCACCGUGCAGCAGUCCAGAUCUUUGAGCGUGUCAACUCCUCACUGCUGCCCAGAAACAUCCUGGACCUCCAUGGACUCCAUGUAGACGAGGCCCUGCAUCACCUGGACCAAGUCCUAGAGGACAAAGCAUCAGAUUGUGAGAAAGGUCUGUGUCGACCUGAGCUGUCUGUUAUCACAGGAAAGGGGAACCACAGCCAGGGGGGCGUGGCCCGCAUCCGCCCUGCUGUGAUAGUCUACCUUACUAACAAACAAUACAGGUUCACUGAGCCAAAGCCAGGCCUUUUGUUGGUCUCUUUGAAGUGAAAAGAAAUUGCUUCACUGGAAUCAGACUCAACCUGCUGUGGAGAACAUCCUGCUUUUCACCGUCAUUCUUGCGUUUCUGUCUCUCAUUCACAUGAACAGAUGAACGCAUGAUAAUGGAGCCGACGGGGGAUAUAACGUUGAUGAAGGUUAAAGUGAAAUUUAAUUAAGCUUUUUUUAAAUACGGAUAUUUAUUGUAAUUGUUUUUUGUAAGAGUGCUACAUUUGCGUGGAACAAGAAUAAUGUAUCUUAAUUUAUCUGUACAGCUAGAAAAACAUUUUUAUAAUGAAAAUAUUUGGUACAAACUCCAACCUUUAUCAGUGACCACUGCAAAACUUGGAAGUAUUAAGUUAGACCAGUGGGGUUUUUUUCAGCAGCAUUUCCACCUGUUUCUGAGAAAAUUCCUCAUUGUAAUUAUUGUGGUUUUGAUUGACAGCUAGUCCCACCUUAAAAUCCAGCUUUUUUGGGUUACAUAUGAGAUGCUAAUCAAUGUGGCACCAGUACGUCUUGUGAUAGAAAUGCACAAACACACCUUCAAAAAGAAAACUCAGAACACGUCCAUCUUUUAAAUGCAAAUUAACUUAACUAGAUUUUAUGCCAUUGAAAAAUAACACUGCCUGUAAAAAUCAAUAAUUGUUUACUUGGUGCUCAAAAUUUAAAAAAAAA